AUGGAGUUUCUUGAUUUCUUCAUGGUGGCAACAAGUACCAUAGGCUUCAUCUUAGUAUGCAAAAAUGUGUUGUAUUUUGUGAAGUGGGUAUGGGGAAUGUUCUUAAGGGCUCCAAAGAAUCUAAAAGAGUAUGGUUCAUGGGCCAUGAUCACUGGAUCCACCGAUGGAAUUGGCAAAGCCAUGGCACAUGAAUUGGCAUCUAAGGGUCUCAACCUUCUCUUGGUUAGUAGAAACCCUAAAAAGCUUGAGGCCACAUCCAAUGAAAUAAGAGACAAAAAUAGUGGCAAUGUUGAAAUAAAAUGUUUGGUAAUUGAUUUUGCAAAAGAAAAUGGAGAGGAAAUUAUGAAAAGGGUUGAGGAAGCAAUUGAGGGUUUGGAUGUGGGUAUUCUUGUAAAUUGUGCUGGGUGGACACAUGCUUAUGCUAGGUACUUUCAUGAGGUUGAUUAUGAGAUGAUAGAUGGUACCAUAAAAGUUAAUGUGGAAGGAACAAUUUGGGUCACAAAGGCAGUGAUUCCUAGUAUGAUCAAGAAGAAGAAAGGAGCAAUCAUAAACCUUGGAUCUGGUUCUACUUUUGUUCUUCCAUCAUAUCCCUUGUUUACCGUCUAUGCUGCUACUAAACGAUUUGUGGAAAUGUUCUCGAGAUGCAUUAACUUGGAAUACAAGCAUAAAGGAAUUGACAUCCAGUGUCAGGUUCCAUUAUAUGUGUCAACAAAGUUAACAAAGUUGGAAAGUUCAGUGUUUGUUCCAACGCCAGAGAAGUAUAUAAAAUCAUGCACAAGAUGGAUUGGGUAUGAAACUGUGGUGGUGCCUUACUUGCUACAUUCUCUUCAGGCAUUUACAGUAAGGGCAAUUCCUGAGACAUUUGUUGAUUCCUAUAUGCUGCGUUACUUUCUCUAUGGGCGCAAAAAAGGACUCUUCAAAGACGCUAAAAUUAAAGCAUUGGAAACAUCCAAGUCCUAA